AUCCAAUCCAGUCAUAUACAAUCAACUCAACAAUAAAGUCAAAGGACUCAACUCAAUAGAUAUGCAAAUUAGAAUUUAGCAACUUAUAGAUAUAGUAGCAAACAAUCCUAUGAAGAUUUGAUAUAUUCACUACUAAAAAUAAUGCAAAAAUUGACGGAUAGAGUGAUAGAGUCGGUCCAAAAAAAUUGAGGAAAAAUCAAUUCAGUCCGUCGGUUUUUUUUAAUUAAAAAAAUUAAUAGAAAACAGAUCGACUUUAUGAAAAUCGAUCAAUGUCUGGCGUUUUUUUAUUCGCAAUUAAAGAGCAAAAAUUAUAAAAAAAAAUAAUUGUUUUUUAUAUUUUCUUUAAAGAAAACCGAUGUAGUCCCUCUAUUUUUUUGUUAUCCAAAAUCAUAGAAAAAAACACGAAUUUUAAUAAAUUUGAAAACCCACCCUUUCCAUUGGUUUGUAACGUUUUACUAAUUUAUUUAAUUUUUCAGAUGAAAAAGGUGUUGAGGGCUUACUUUCAAGAGGCAAAAUGGUAUAAUGAGAAGCAAGUACCAAGAAUGGAGCAAUAUAUGAAGAAUGGAAUUUCAUCAGGUGCUUACCUAUUGCUAGCAACUACUUCUUGGUUAGGAAUGGGAAAGAUAGCAACUAAAGAUGCAUUUGAUUGGAUAGUAACUCAACCUCCAAUACUUGUUGCUUCUUCUAUCAUUACAAUAUUGCUCAAUGAUCUUUCAUCACAUGAGGAAGAACAAAAAAGAGGAGAUGCAACUUCAAGUAUCGAAUGUUACAUGAAGGAAUAUGGUGUUAAGAAGGAAGAAGCACACAUACAAAUAAGAAAUAUAAUAGAAAAUUAUUGGAAGGAUUUAGAUGAAGAAUACUUCAAAGUGGAUGUGGCUAUUAUACCAAAGGUUUUGCUCAUGUGUAUAAUUAAUCUUACAAGAGUUGCUGAGUUCUUGUAUAAAGAUGAAGAUGCUUAUACUUUUUCCAAAAAUAACUUGAAAGGUGUCAUCUCUGCAAUGGUAAUUGAUCCUAUUAUAUAGUCCGGGGCUGGUUUUUCCAUUCUAUAAAAAUAUGGGAUAAGUUAAUUAAGGGUUGUUUAGUUACCCUGUAUUACCAAUAAAU